AUGCUUGAAGUAAAUUAUGAGUAGAAUGGUUCCUCUUAAUCCUUACCUUUAUCUUGCUUUUCUUUUCUAGGGAUGGCAAUAAAUGCAUCCACAGGACCAUGAUAUAAAAAUUCAAGUAUAGUUUUUGCCUUCGUUAAAUUACCAGCGAAUUUCUUUUUAUUCUGAAAAAUGUCAGGUAAUGGUUCACUGCGAUGAGCUUCUCUCCUUGCUUGCCUAGAUAAUAUUUAAUGCUUCUUAGAGAGUCUCACACACACUAUCAUCCUUUAUGGAUUAAUGCUGGUUCCGAUGGAUUAAAUGUAUUUUGGUACGCAUUGCUUUUUGCAUUAUAUUUUUCUUUCCAUUUCAUGUUACCCUUUUUUUGGUUCGAUCAUGUUAGUAUGUCAAUUUUAGGUGCAAUACUAAUUCUUGUGGCCUGUCAUGAGGCACGUAUGCAUUGGGAUCUGAUCCUAAACUCGACUUGUUGGGUUUUUCACUGAGAUGUGACACCAUUAAAUGCCCUGCGACAUAACAUGUUGAUAUUUCAUGCCUCUUUUGGUUUUUGUCAACACAGCUUGAUAAGCACAAGGGAUCAAUCAUGCCCUAGGACCAUCUUCUUCUUCAUUAGCACCACAAUCUCUCAUCUUUGAGAAGCUUCUUUCCACUUGCUCCCCCUUCCUUUCAAACUGUGAGAUGUUGAUGCACACACCUUACUUAAUAUUUUUAACUUCAUGAAAUUGUUAUUUAGGUAGCCAUUUCAAAAAGAAAGCCAUCUCUGUUUUGUGUAUUACAAUGUUGAUGUCAGAUGCUCUAUUUGGAGGUAAACAUGAUGGUUGAGUUGCCUGAGCUGCAAUGGACUAACAUGAUAGUCAACUUAUUUUCUUACAGAAGAAGCUCUUAUGAUAGUGUUUAAGGGGUGAAAUUAUUAUCCAAAUUAAACUUUCCUUUUCUAAAUAGUAAUCAGAACUGAUGACAGAUUCCGAGAUCGAGAGGAUUUUAGAUGAAGCUCAGAAGUGUGUGGAGUACAUUCAAUCCAAGGAAUGGAAUCCCCUGUUGAUACUUCCAGUAAUUUUGAUUCCACCACCUCACCUUUGACCUCUCUUCUCGGAGCUCGUUGCGGUUCUGAGCGCUGGGCGAAGAAGAUGGGGUGGGCGUCCGAGCUUCUCGUGGUGAUGUCAUGGCUUUGCGUCGUGGGAUGCGCGCGUGGGAUCGGCGCCAACUGGGGGACGCAGGCGAGCCACCCGCUGCCGCCGAGCACGGUGGUGCAGCUGCUCAAGGACAACGGAAUCCAGAAGGCGAAGCUGUUCGACGCCGACGACCGCGUGCUGAGCGCCCUCGCCAACAGUGGGAUUCAGGUGAUGGUCGGGAUCCCCAACGAUAUGCUCGCCUCCCUCGCCUCCGACCACAAGGCGGCGGAGCGGUGGGUGGCGAAGAACGUCUCGGAUUACGUUCAUGAUGGAGUUGAUAUCAGGUUUGUUGCCGUCGGCAACGAGCCGUUCUUGGAGACCUACAACGGGAGCUUUCUGCAGACGACGUAUCCGGCGCUGCAAAACAUCCAAGCGGCUCUCGACGCGGCUGGGCUGAGCAACCAGGUCAAGACCACCGUCCCCCUCAAUGCCGACGUCUACCGAUCGGUGACCGGCAAGCCCUCCGAUGGUGACUUCCGCUCCAACAUACAUGACCUCAUGCUGUCCAUCGUCAAGUUCCUCAGCGACAAUGGCGCUCCCUUCACCGCCAACAUCUACCCCUUCAUCAGCCUCUACGAGGACCCCAACUUCCCCGUGGACUACGCCUUCUUCGACGGCUACUCCUCCCCCAUCGUCGACGGCUCGUUCACCUACACCAACGUGUUCGACGCCAACCAUGACACCCUCGUGGCGGCGCUGCAGAGGAACGGCUUCGGGAACGUCUCCAUCAUCGUGGGCGAAAUCGGGUGGCCGACGGACGGGAACAUGAACGCGAACCAGCAGCUCGCGCAGCGGUUCAACCAGGGCUUCAUGAACCAUGUCUCGAGCGGCAACGGCACGCCGCUGAGACCCGGGCCGAUCGACGCGUACCUCUUCAGCUUGGUCGACGAGGACGAGAAGAGCAUCCAGCCGGGGAACUUCGAGAGGCACUGGGGCGUGUUCGCCUACGACGGCAGCCCAAAGUACGAGCUCGAUCUCCGCAGCACAACAGAAGCGGCGGCAGCGGCGGCGGUGGCGAAUUCCAGUUCACUCGUCGGGGCGAAGAACAUCAAGUACUUGGAGAGGAAGUGGUGCGUGCUGAAGCCUUCGGUGAGCCUCGACGACGCCGAGAUCGCGCCGAGCGUCAGCUACGCUUGCGAGAACGCAGACUGCUCCAGCCUCGGAUACAAGACGGCGUGCAGCGAUCUGGACGCGCAGGGAAACAUCUCGUAUGCGUUCAACAGCUACUACCAGAAGAACGACCAGGACAACAGGGCCUGCGGGUUCUCGGGCUUGGCGACCGUCACCGAGAAGGAUCCAUCGACCUCUACCUGCAAAUUCGACAUCAUGAUCGAUGCUGAGGCUGCAGAAUCCUGGAAAGCCCGAACACUCACACAGCUCAAUUUGCUUUGGUGUAUUGUUCUUCCGGUUAUAGUGACGUUUGUGUGAGAUGUGUAUUGCUGUGCUGGCUUUUCUUGUAUUUUAGCCGUGAUUGUGAUCUUGUGACAGAAGGUUUGAUUUGAGUUACGAACACACUUUCUUUUUUGCGUAA